AUGAAGACUCGUUCAACACUGUGCUCUGCAGCCGCCCUAACAGCAGUCAGCGCCCGCUUUGUCGAGGCAGCGGGAAGUAUCGCACAUUUGCCUCCACAGAACACGACAGCCUUGGGACCCGAGUCGAUACAUGUGGUCACGCCUAUGGUACCAGAGCAAACCUUGAUGUCGCUUUUGGCCUCGACUACGACUAAUACUCAGAACACAACUUCAGUUAUCAGUUCGGCCACGCAGAGCUCUACAACAGAUAGCCCUGCGCAAGCAUAUCGUCAUCAUAAUGAAAGUAAUGGUGUGGAGACUGGUUCGCCGGCUGUGUCUAAAGCCAUCGAGGUUUUCUUGUGGACUUUCUCGGCCCUACCAGCACUGACAUUGUUGAUCAACGGCCGCCUCGAAGGCCUGAUUAUCCUUCUCCUCCUCUCUGUCUCCACAGCGAGCGCAUCGAGCAUAUCACGGCCUACCUUCACAGUGACGGAGUACGCCACCAUUACGGUGACCACGACAGACACCCCGACGACGACCACACCUUCGCCGUUGACCACACCACCGCCACCACCACCAACGGCAGUACACGCCACGUUCGACGAGAAAAAGGUAUGCUACCAGAACGUCAACGGCCUGCUGUUCCCAACACCCUGUAUAACCUACGAUGUUAUGAUAACCGUCCACGGCCCAGCACAGCCCGGAAGCCCUCCAGGACCAGUAUGCUGGAGCGAUGGGACAGAAUUGCCUUGCAACUACGUGCACUCAGGAGCUAAGGAGAACCGACAAGUCUCUUCGGCAGCUAUUCAAGUCAUCCUGGCCACUGCCUUGACCGUCUGGCUAGGCCGUCGCGCCUUGGGCUUGAUGGUACUCGUACUCAUGGCCAUGAUCAACGGGGAAGCCUCAACCGUCCCCUCGCCAUCCGCCAUAUCGACGGUAAUGGAAUCCGCGACCGUCACCGUCACUGUCACAGGCAUCGCUAUUCCAGCGACAGACAUCACUGUCUUGACGACACCUCCACCCACCACAGCACUGCCGGCGUUCGACGAGAAAGACGUGGUGUGCUACCAAACCGUCAACGGUCUAGCCUACCAGACUCCAUGCCAGACUUUCAACGUUUGGACUGCUGUCGAAGCUCCUGGCCAGUCGGGGCCGGUGUGUCAGGAGGGUGGGACGGUGCUGCCUUGUGUUGAUACUGGGAUGUUGCAUUCCCGAGCACGGAACGAGAGGAUUAUCCCAAGUGUCUUGGGUCUGCUUGCCAUGGUGGGUGGAGUGGUACUGGUACUUGGGCCGCGUGGGGUGUGGAUCCUGCCAUUUGCACUCCUGCUUAUGGGUCUGCUUGGACUCGCUGAUGCGACUACCUCCCUUAGCGAGCCGACAAUUACGGGCACGGGCACGGGCACGAGCACGGCCCUAGUACCCUACGCAAACACCGUCCCAGAUCUACCGAUCUUCACGACAGCAAUCCCUAAUGCCACUACUACCGAUGAGAAGGCGCCGGGCUGCUACUACAGCUCCGCUGGUCUGCUGCUCCCAUCGCCAUGUCCGGCUGGUAUACCUGCACCGCAGCCUCCCUUGGGCCCAGGCCAGUGCAUGCGGAAUGGACUAGUCUAUGACUGCACGGAGACAUACAUGACUCCUUCCGGUGCACCGAGCAAUCAGUUGGUAGGGGCAUCUGGGGCGCUGCUCGGCAUCUCGCUGUUGGUCGCGCACCAAGAUGUCUUGUCUAUCGAGAUGCUCAUCGGACUGUGGAUAUCCGGCAUGGGUGGCUUCGGCGUAGCUGCACAGGUGAUGUCGCAAGAGCACGUUGAAACCCCCAUGACGACAGUCGUACCUACAGCUACCAAGGCUGACAGGAUAGCUGGCCCGGUUGUGCUUGCUAACGCUUGCCCGACUAUGUACGGCAUGCAAGCUUGUCCCUUACCAGCGCCUUCUGAGCCUGUGGUGAGAUCUGCAGCAAGCAGAUUCUCGGGAUCCAUCAUAUUCCAAACAGUCUCGCAAGUUGCGGCACACGCUCUCGAGAGUGAAGCUAUGUAUCUCCUGAUCCUCGCAGCAUACGCCAUACCAACACGACGAGCAUUGGCACCCCAUCUUCUCGCCACCAGAGCCACAAUAGCUCGAGCGCAAUCGCUAUCCCAGGCGCGGCAUCUGCCAGGCCUCACAUCAAUCCCUCUUCCAGAGCUGGCAGUCAACACCUCGACAAUUGCCAGCGUCACAGUGACGGAAACCUCCUUUAUCAAGUGGACGGGUGCGCAGUUCACUCCGACAGUGACUCAUUUCAUUGCUGUUUGCACGCCUUACUGCGCUUCUGUCAAUGAUAACGGGCAGUGUCAGCAGGUUGAGGGUUUAUCCUUGGUGGGCUGGUCCUGGGCAGAAGGCAAUCAUAACAUCUUGGACACGACCGUGCAUGUGGAGGAGAGAUUCGAGCAUUACGCCAACGCUGCAUACAACGGCGACUUCUCGCAAUAA